GAACCAAUGAUGCCACUUAGUGAAGACUUAAAGAAAAUAGCAGAAAAAGAAAGCAAGGAUGUUAAUAAUAAACGCCAAGAGGAGAUAGAGAAAUCCACUUAUAAUGAGAUGAUAAUCAAGAAAGAAAAAGCAAAUAAACACCUAAACAAAAUAAUAACCAACAACUCCAGUAAAACCAUAAAAGAGGAAACCAAUAGUAAUAAAGCCCAAGCAGCCAAGGAUAACAAAAAAGAUAAUAAUGAAUAUAAGUUACAACUUAUCCUAAGAAAUAUAAAAGAAAGAUAA